CAAGGCCAUUACGAAUGCGGAAGAAAGAAUGGCUAUGUCACGUAGUUUCAGAGAAUGUGGAAGUGAUGAAGCUAGGGAUGAUGAUGAUGAUGAUCCAGACCUUUGCUCUCAUUGUGCUACUGAUGGGAAACAGCAACCAGCAUUGUACUUCUGUUUUAAUUGUGGCGUGUAUGGUAGAUACAUGUGUGGCAUUUGCCUGAAGCAACACAACCGAUUUGUGAAGAACCAUGAGAUAGAAAAAAUUGCAAGUAGAUCAGCCUCUAAUAGAUUAGAUUAUGAGAAAGUGAAGAAAAUGGAAGUUGAAAAAGAUCUUAAGUUCAAAGAGGCAGAGGUUAUGCAGUUAAAGGAAACAAUCAAUGGAUAUUCAAAAGAAAACCAAUGCCACCAAGCAAGAAUAAAAGAAUUGGAAAUUGCAUGUAAAAAUAUUGAAAAAGAAAAGAUCCGAGGUGAGGAAAUGGCAACUAGAAAUUUAGAGCACUUGCAAAACAUUCUUAAAGAUGGACAAAGGAAAGCUUCAGACGAGUACAAAAAGCUAUUAGCAAAACAGGACUCUUUACAAGACAGGGCACAGAAAAAUGAUUUAAAGCUUAAAUCGUUGCAACAUUCGAAUGAAGAGCUACAAAAAGAAAAUGCGGCAUUAUUAGCGGAAUUAAAUGAAAUUAAAAAAAAACAAUUGUCGAAAGAACUCCAUGAUUGUAAAAAAGCAAAAGAAGCAAAUAUUGGAUCGAAAAUGAAUAAAGAAGACUAUGAGCGUGAUACAAAGAGAAAGGAAAGCAAGCUCGUUUACAAAGAAAAGGAUAAUUUACAAAUACGGCAGAGGGGAACAGGUGAUGGCACUAACAGACAUAAGCUGAUUGUGGUUGCUAUUGAAAUUGGCAAUGAAUGGAGCCAUUGUGCCUACUCCUUUCAACACGAUUAUAAAAAUAAUCCUUUGCAUCCAGUUAGUGACACCUUUAAAGACAGUUUGGGUUUGCAGUCAGACAAAAUUCGCUCUGUCGUGUUAUUCGACGAGAACAAAAAGUUCCAUAGCUUUGGUUUUGAUGCUGAGGAAAAGUAUGCAGAAUUAGCAGAACACACCACAUGGUUUUUCUUCAAACUCUUUAUGAUGAAAUUAUCAGGAAAAGAUAUAACACAAAACAUAGAGAUUGAAGAUGACACAGGCAGAAAGAUGAAAGCUGUUGACGUUAUUGGUGCUGCUAUUCAAUAUCUGAAAGGCCACCUGCUCAAUUGUUUAGAAAAUAGACUACCAGAUAUAGGCAAAGAAAUUCACUGGGUUUUGACUGUACCUGCUAUAUUGAAUGACUCCGCUCAACAAUUAAUGAGAGACGCUGCAAGUAAGCAUUCAAUGGAAGCGUUGGAAGUUAUAGCCAACUAA